AGCCAGCGUGGAAACAACGGCCCUCACCUGCUCUCUCUGACAGCACUGACAGCGGAAAGGGUGGAGGUAUGUUUGACACGCUGUGUGAGUGGUUCUGGUGGGAAAGAAUCUGGCUGCCUGUGAACCUGACAUGGGCUGACCUGGAGGACAGGGAGGGCUGGGUCUAUGCCAAAGCCUCACAUCUCUACGUCACUGUCCCCUACACCUUUGCCUUCUUACUCAUCAGAUACCUGUUUGAAAGGUGGAUAGCAACACCAGUUGCUGUCUCCGCUGGGAUCAAGCAAAGAGUCCAUCUGAAAGCAGAAGACAACCCCAUCUUGGAACAUUACUACAUUACUCAGUGUAGAAAUCCUGCUCAGGCAGACAUUGAUGGGCUGUCUAAGAAAAGCAGUUUGUCAGUGAGACAAGUGGAACGCUGGUUCAGAAGAAGACGCAGACAGGACCUUCCCGGAGUCCUAAAGAAGUUCAGAGAGGCCAGCUGGAGGUUUUUCUUCUACCUGUUGGCGUUCAUUGGAGGAAUAGUAGCACUGUACGAUAAAGAAUGGUUUUAUGACACUCGGGAAGUGUGGACAGGUUUUCCAAAGCAGUCCAUGCUGGAGUCUCAGUACUGGUAUUAUAUCUUGGAGAUGAGCUUCUAUGGCUCUCUUCUCUUAAGCGUUGCCUUUGAUGUCAAGAGAAAGGACUUUAAGGAGCAAAUCAUCCACCACUUGGCUACACUGGUCCUCCUAUCAUUUUCCUGGUGUGUCAACUACAUUCGUAUUGGAACACUGGUCAUGAUCGUCCAUGAUGCCUCUGAUGUUUUAUUGGAGUCUGCCAAAUUAUUCAACUAUGCCAAAUGGGAGAAAACCUGCCAAAGUCUUUUUGUUCUGUUUGCCAUGGUGUUUAUGGUAACACGACUGAUCAUCUUCCCAUUCUGGCUGAUCCACUGUACCUGGGUCUACCCCGUUCAACACUACCCUGCCUUCUUUGGCUACUACUUCUUCAACGUGAUGCUGGUGGUCCUUCUCUGUCUGCACAUAUUCUGGGCCUACCUCAUUCUCUGCAUGAUCAGAAAAUUCAUGUUUGGCACUCUGACCAGAGAUGAGAGAAGUGACAAUGAAGAGGAAGAAGAGGAAGAGAGCAGCCUGACAGAGGAUGAAUGUAAGGACCAGCACAAGCUUGGCAAUGGAUUGGCUGUUGGUGAAAAGGAGGACAAGAGAAACGGCUUUCAGUGCUCGUCUCCACCAGAGAACAUCUGCCGGUCAAAGUGUACUGACUUGUGCUCAGUAUGA